AUGGGGGUUCGCACGGAGCACGGCGCUUUCUACAGCGCCAACUCCGUCUUUACGAACUCAAUGAACGGGUCCAAUUACAGCACCGGUGGGAACGUCGAGCACGGGCUCUCAGUCAUGACCUUGACAUUCGGACCAGAUGGUGGUCGUCGAAGUAUCGACAGUAUCGAGCCAACAGCUAUUCUCGGUAACAACAACCGCUUCGUCGCUGGCAGCAAGUUCUUCAAUUACCAGCAAUUCGGUGCUCUUCGUCAAGGCGGGAGCGUCACUCUCUUCUCGGCUUCCUACUAUGGGUUACUCAUUGCAACUGCACAGAGCAGUAUCGUUUAUGCCGUCCUCCGGUACUGUAUGCGACCGACACUUAUGCACUCGCUCAUGCUCGAGCGAUCCGAGAGCUCGGUGGUCAUCGAGUGUCUCUUAAGUAUUCCAACGACGCUCAGCUUUUUUCUCGGGCUACUAUCCGAUGUCGUACCAAUUGGUGGAUAUCGUCGCAAGUCGUACAUGAUUACCGGGACGUUGCUGAGUUUCGUGAUGUGUAUGGGAUUGAUGAUUUUAUCAGCAACUGGCCACGUCCAAAGUUCCAGCGAGAGCAAACGCAGUAACUACAUUGUGUAUUACAUGGUGCUUAUCAUAGGCGCAACUUUUGGCACGAUGCUCAGUAAAAUUGCUACAGAUGCACGAGUUAUUGAGCUGUCCCAACGGGAACCGCUUACCGCACGUGGGAAGCUGCAGAUCAACUAUUUACUAUUUCGUACAGGGAUUGAGUGGAUCGGACUCUGGUUGACCGCAGCUCUGGUUCGGUAUGACAAUGAGAAUCGGAGCUACGCUUUGCACAUAAAUCCGUUCUGGGCCUACGCUACCUUGGCUCUGCUGAGUCUAGUGCCAGUGCCGUUCGUAUUGCGUAAUUGCAAUGAACGCAAGGUUCGAGUCGACGUCGGUACGGUUAAUGGAGUGAUUGAAGAAGAAGGAAACGUGGCCGUGAUUUCCUCGGCAACUUCGACCGCUGCGGCUCGUGUUGGUGCUUUCUUUCGUAUGUGCCAGCAGCGAGCCAUGUGGCAACUCGUCGUUUUCUUGUGUAUUCUUUUGGCGACCACUCGCUUUUACUUUGGCUCGGCCAAUGCGGUGCUUGUUACCAUGGCGGAGCUGAAUCCGAACACUACACUUGUGACAAACGCGCUCAAGUAUGUCUCGACUCUGGUCUCGAUGAUCAUGUGGAAGAUGUUUUGGACCAAUUCGUCUUGGCGGUGGUGUGUAAGUCUCGGAGUUGCUGUCACAGUUGUUCCUGAGACCAUUCGCGCCAUUGUGAUGAUUUACGUGCCGUCAGUUCGUGGCCAGGCUUUCUACGACACGCUCGGUUGCAUUCCGGGUUUUACAGACGGGAUCAUUACGAUAUUUUCGCUCAUCCCGGCUACUGAGAUUGCUGAAAACGGCUCGGAAGGUGCUACUCAGGGUAUGCUGUUGUCGUUCCGUAGUACGAUUGCCAUUGCUAUGCGGACUCUGAGCAGUGACUGGAUGUCCGACAUUGCCCCUGUCACCAUCAGCAGUGGAACUAGUCUGCUUCUGCUGUUACUUCUCAUCUCGUUUGUUGUGCACGGCUUGGCUUUCUUCUCGGUGCUACUGCUGCCCCGCCAGAAGUUGGAUGCACAGCAAAUGCGAGUAUACGGCGGCUACAGCAAGUUUGCGUGUAUCGCGAUCUGGAUUGUCUAUAUUGUCUUCUUUGUCUACGCUAUGGCAGUGAAUUUCAAAGCCAUGGCGGAUAUGGCAGGCGUACGGUAG